CCUCUCCCUUCUCCCUCUCCCUCUCCCUCUCAAAAGCAGCGAUGGGUGCUGUUCCCAUCGCGUGCUUAUGAAGGAUAAGCGGUUCAUUUUCUCACUACCGUUCUACCCCCGAAAGUCAGUUCCUUUCCCUUUCCAUCUUUCUACACCGAAAUCUUUCAUGGCCACUCUCGUUUCCCAACUCCUCGACGAUGACGAAGACAGCCAGCCCUGCUCCAAUCUCCACCGCUCAUCCCUCUCCCAUCACUCAUCUCCUCCUCCCUCCCAGUUGGAGUCUCCGCCGGUCCCUUUCUUGAACGGCGAGUCGCGCAUACAUCGAGCGUGGGCCCACUGGAAGCGGCUGGGCCAGCCGAAGCUGCUGGUGGCCCCCAUGGUCGACAACUCCGAGCUGCCGUUCCGGAUGCUCUGCCGCAAGUACGGGGCUGAGGCCGCGUACACGCCCAUGCUUCAUUCCCGCAUCUUCUCGGAGAACGAGAAGCACCGGAGCUUGGAGUUCACCACCUGCAAGGAGGACCGACCCCUAUUCGUCCAAUUUUGUGCAAACGAUCCUGAUAUUUUAUUGGAAGCAGCACGACUGGUUGAACCUCAUUGCGAUUAUGUGGACAUUAAUCUGGGUUGCCCACAGCGGAUAGCAAAGCGGGGGAAUUAUGGAGCUUUCCUAAUGGACAACCUACCCAUUAUAAAAUCACUUGUGCAAAAGCUGGCCGACAACCUUCACGUCCCUGUCUCAUGCAAAAUCAGAAUCUUCCCAAGCCUACAGGACACUAUUGCAUAUGCUAGAAUGCUCGAGGAUGCUGGCUGCUCCCUCUUAGCUGUCCAUGGUCGAACCAGAGACGAAAAAGAUGGGAAGAAGUUCCGAGCCAACUGGAAUGCAAUCAAGGCCGUGAGGAGUGCUGUUCGGAUUCCUGUCCUUGCCAAUGGAAAUGUACGCCACAUGGAUGAUGUCCAUAGCUGUUUGGAGGAGACGGGUGCUGAGGGGGUGCUUUCAGCUGAAUCUCUUCUUGAGAAUCCGGCGCUCUUUGCGGGCUACCGGACAGCUGAAUGGGGAGAAGUAGAAAAAGGAAGCAGUAAAGAUGGUGGUUUAGACCAGGCGGAUUUAGUUGUUGAGUAUUUGAAGCUGUGCGAGAAACACCCAGUGCCAUGGAGAAUGAUCCGAUCACAUGUGCACAAAAUGUUGGGGGAGUGGUUCAGGUUGCAUCCGCACGUGAGAGAGGAGCUCAAUGCUCAAUCGAAGCUCACCUUUGAGUGGCUCUAUGACAUGGUGAAUCGGCUCAGGGAGCAAGGCACAAGGAUUCCACUCUAUGUGAAGAGUACUACAGUGAGUGAGAUCUCGGCAAAUGGGUUUGCUACUUGAACACGUGAUUUUUGUCAUUGUUUAGGGGAACAAAGUUGGCGAUUUGAAGGCAAAACAGGGUCAGAUAAUCUUGACCAUUGGAUUCAGGCCGUUUGAUAAUUUAUGGAUCUGUGGUUGAUGCUU